AUGUACCCAGUCUUACUGGGUGUUGCUAAUAUCUCCAUCGCACUUUCAUCUGUAGAAAUUCCAAAUCCCUCUUGCUCAGGCCCCCAAGGGACAGAAUUUAUCACAGUCUUCAUGCAGAACCACUUACCACGUUAUGGCGGUAAAGACUUCCGGUUGUUCAUCACUGGCUACACUCCUGGGACAUUGGUCACCAUUUCCGUGAACAAAGCAGGUGUUAGGUUCAAUAUCCGGGCAAAUCUGGGAGAGACAAAAUGGAUACAAAUCCCAGAAUUUGUGGAGCUGGCAGGAAGCAACAUAUUUGACCACACAGUCAUCGUCCGGGCUGACCAUCAGAUCGCCAUCCUCUCUCUGAACUAUAAGACCUAUACUGCUGAUACCACUGUAGUGUACCCUGUGCAGAGGCUUGGGACAGAGUACUACGUGGUGACUCCAGUGGGGAACCGAGAUGGUCUCGACAAGCAAUUUGCUGUAGUAGCCUGGAAGGAUCCCACCAUUGUUGAAGUUUACCUCAAAGGGGCUGUCACUUUCCAAGGAGAAAACUACAGAGCAGGGACAAAACUGGUCAUCCCACUUGGAGCUUACCAGGCCGUCCAGCUGCAAAGCCGUGAUGACUUAUCUGGCACCAGGAUCAUGUCCCAGAAUCCUGUUGCUGUCUAUAGCGGACACGUAUGUGUUGCAAAGCACACCAAAUGUGAUUACGUGAGUGAGCAGCUCCUGCCGGUGUCUGUCUGGGGCACCUCGUUCAUUGUACCGCCCUUAUCCUUCCAGCCCAAAUUUGACCUGGUGUAUGUGGCUGCUUCCCAACACACUCGCAUUGAUUAUCAGUCUGGGAGGGAGAAAUCCAGAAGGAACCUGGUUGCUGGGCAAGUUGUGACAUUUGAAAUUAAAAUCUCUAACCCCUUGUACAUCUCUGCUAGUGCUGGGAUCCAAGUUGCCUUCUUCUGCACUGGUGGGAGCAAAGGGAAAAUCGUGUACGAUCCCUUCUUCCUGAUGAUCCCAGAUGUCUCUGGCUAUUGCCAGACCUACAACAUCCAUGGACAGGACCUGUUUGAGAACUAUGCCGUGAUUGUAGCCAAGACGGCCGAGACUGCUGCUGUUACUAUUGAUGUGGAACCACUACGUGUUACUCUGUGGAGGCCUAUUCCAGGCACAGCAUAUUCUUGGACUACAUACAACUUGAGAAGUGGGUUUAGCAACCACACCAUAGAGAACCCCAGCUCCCCAUUUGGUGUCCUGAGUGUUGGGAUUACAGACAAGGCUGGAUAUGGCUCAGCAGCUAUUGGUGGCAUUUCUAGUGCUGCCCCUACUAUUCAACCUCCAGAUCUUCCCCGUACCUCUUGCUCAGGCCCCCAAGGGACAGAAUUUAUCACAGUCUUCAUGCAGAAUCACUUACCACGUUAUGGCAGUAAAGAUUUCAAGUUAUUCAUCACUGGCUACAUCCCUGGGACGUUUGUCACCAUCUCAGUAAAUAAAGCAGAGUUUUUGGUCACUAUCACUGCAAAUCCCGAACAGACAGUAUCUGUGAUGAUCCCAGUGUUUGUGGAGCUGGCUGGAAGCAACAAAUUUGACCACACGGUCAUCAUCCGGGCUGAUCAUGAGAUCUCCAUCCUCGCUCUGAACUAUAAGACCUAUACAGCUGAUACCACUGUAGUGUACCCUGUGCAGAGGCUCGGGACAGAGUACUAUGUGGUGACUCCACUGGGGAAGCCAGAUGGUCUUGAUAAGCAAUUUGCUGUAGUAGCCUGGAAGGAUCCCACCAUUGUUGAAGUUUACCUCAAAGGGGCUGUCACUUUCCAAGAAGAAAACUACAGAGCAGGGACAAAACUGGUCAUCCCACUUGGAGCUUACCAGGCCGUCCAGCUGCAAAGCCGUGAUGACUUAUCUGGCACCAGGAUCGUGUCCCAGAAUCCCGUGGCCGUCUAUAGCGGACACGUAUGUGUUGCAAAGCACACCAAAUGUGACUACGUGAGUGAGCAGCUCCUGCCGGUGUCUGGCUGGGGCACCACAUUCAUUGUACCGCCCUUAUCCUUCCAGCCCAAAUUUGACCUGGUGUAUGUGGCUGCUUCCCAAUACACUCACAUUGAUUAUCAGUCUGGGAGGGCGAGAGCCUCUAAGGACCUGGUUGCUGGGCAGGUUGUGACAUUUGAAGUCAAAUUCCCUAGUCCCUUGUACAUCUCUGCUAGUGCUGGGGUCCAAGUCGCCUUCUUCUGUGCUGGUGGAAGCAAAGGGAAAAUCGUGUACGAUCCCUUCUUCCUGAUGAUCCCAGAUGUCUCUGGCUAUUGCCAGACCUAUAACAUCCAUGGACAGGACCGGUUUGAGAACUACGCAAUGAUAACAGCCAAAACAUCAGAAUCUGGUGGCAUCACCAUUGAUAAGGAACCCUUGGAAAACAUUGCAUGGAGGCCAAUUCCAGGCACAGGGUUCUCUUGGGCUGAAUACAACCUUGGCAAAGGGUUUAAGAGAGAAACCAUGGAGCACCCCAUAUCUCCUUUUGGGCUUCUGAGCAUUGGGAUUGCAUCCAAAUCUGGGUAUGGCUCACCAGCUAUUGGUGCAAGCAAUAUUCCGACGCCAUCCUGCAGUGUGGGCCUCUGCGAGCAAGGAACAGUUUGUAAGAUGAUAGAUGGGCAGCCAGAGUGUUUGCCAGUUUCUGCGGCCACGUGCUGGGCUGCGGGUUACUUGCAUUACCACACCUUCGACGGCCGACUGUAUGACAUCCAUGGCACCUGCACCUACACCGUGGCCAAGACCUGUGGGUGUGAAUGUGGCCCGCACUCCUUUGACAUCACGGCUGAGAGUGGGAACAGGGGGAACAUGCAGGUUUCAUACAUUGGGUUGGUGACCAUCCAGGUGGAUGGAAUUACCAUCACAGUGGCCAGGGCAGAAGUCGGCUUUGUGAGGGUGAAUAACACCAGGGCCCACUUACCCAUCUCCCUGAACAGUGGGGCCCUUCGGCUCUAUCAGAGUGGCACCUCCCUCAUCCUCCACACCGACUUCAACCUCAGGGUGUCCUAUGACUGGAACAACCACCUGAGGGUCACCGUCCCUAAUGACUUCUCCGACAGCCUGUGCGGCCUGUGUGGCAACUAUAAUGGGGACCCCUCCGAUGACUUCUGGACCCCAGCCGAGGAUCCGGAUCCCAGUGACAUUCUCCAGGAGCAAAGCUGGGCAGUGGAAGAUGAGGAUCAGUUUUGCUGGCACGAUUGCAUUGGAGGUUGCAGGCCCUGUGCCAUCAGCAUAGCUAGAAAGUACAAGGAAGAGGCCUCGUGUGGCCUGAUAGCCAAGGUCUCAGAUGGGCCCUUCAGCCAGUGCCACACCAAGGUGGAUCCUACAGUCUACUUGGACAACUGCGUGUAUGAUCUGUGCCACAACGACGGCUACAGGAAGGCCCUGUGUGAGGCCCUGAAGGCCUAUGCGGAUGCCUGCCAGCUGGAGGGGGUCAGGAUUGGGGAAUGGAGGCAGCUGGCCAGAUGUCCCAUGGAGUGCCCCCUGGAGAACAGCCAGUACCAGCUCUGUGGAACAGCCUGCCCAGCCACGUGUGUGGACCAGUCAGCCCCAAGCAGCUGCCAAGACCCCUGUGUGGAAAGCUGCCAGUGCAAGGAUGGUUUUGUGCUGAGCCAGGGCAAAUGCAUCCCCAAGAGCAGCUGUGGGUGCCUGUUCGAGGGGCGUCCCUAUGCCCCCAAUGAGAGCUUCUGGGUUGACGAGGCAUGUGGGACAUGGUGCAAGUGCAACGCAGCCACUAGACAAGUUGAAUGCGUGGCUGCUAAAUGCAAACAUUCAGAGAGGUGUGGGCUAGUGAAUGGCAUAAGGGGCUGUUACCCCUCCAGCUACACCACCUGCUCUGUGACACGGAAUCUGAACUACACCACCUUUGAUAGACAGAGAUACAACUUCCAAGGCACCUGCCAUUACCAGCUAACUGCCUUGUGCAAGAAGGCAGAGGAACUGGUGGACUUUGAAGUCUAUUUCCAGGAGAACAGUACUACUCCUGUACAGAUCAAGGUUUAUGAGACCGACAUCAGGGUCAGUAAUCAAUUCCCUGGCAAAAUCAUGAUGAAUGGUUUCCUGAUUAAUCUUCCCUUCAACCUUGAUAAGAAAAUCACUAUGUAUAGAAAGGGCUGGGCCACAGUGAUCCAGACAGACUUUGGCCUCAGCGUUACCUAUGCCAGGUGGUCAGGACGCACCACGGUGACUCUGCCAGUUACCUACAUGGGAGCCGUGUGUGGUCUGUGUGGCAAUUUUAACACGGACAGGAAGGACGACAUGCUUAUGAGGGAUGGCACGCUGGCACCAAACCCCAUCAGCUUUGGCCAGAGCUGGAAGGUGGGCGACCUCCCAGGAUGCUCUGCAGUAAUGAUACCCCCAUGUGCAAGUGUAGAGGCUAUUGAAAAACAACAACGAGGUAGCAGAGGGCAGUGUGGGCUCAUCCUAGACAAGAGUGGCCCUUUCAAAGGAUGUCACAGCAAAGUGGACCCCCAUGGAUACUUCGUAGACUGCGUGUACGGCUAUUGCGUCCUCAGUGGGCGGGAGAGUAACGUUUGUCAUGCUGUUGCUGAGUAUGCUGAGGCAUGUCAGGAAGCUGGAGCUAUAGUGCAUCCCUGGAGGACUACGAAAUUCUGCUAUCUGUCCUGUCCCCUGAACAGUCACUACGAAUUAUGCAGCAGCAGCUGCGAUCUGCAAUGCAGCAACCUCUAUGCCCCAGUGCAAUGCACAACCCAGUGUAAGGAAGGCUGUGUGUGUGACGAGAGCUUUGUUCUCAGUGGCGACAGCUGCGUCCCCAUUUCCCAGUGCGGAUGCCUCCACAGAGGAUUUUACUACCAGGCCGGGGAGACCUUCCACCCGAGCGGUUCAUGCGAGGAGCAGUGCGUGUGUCUGGCUGGUGGGGAGGUUGUGUGUAAGGCAUUCUCCUGCGGCACUGGUGAACAAUGCAGGGUGGUGGACGGUGUCCAGAAAUGCCACCCAUUUGUAUCUGCGACCUGUUCUGCCUUUGGCCAUUCUCACUACCUCUCUUUCGAUGGGGUCCCCUUUGACUUCCAAGGCACCUGCACCUACAUCCUGGCCAAGACCUGCACCGAUGCCAGCCACUUGACACCAUUCACAAUCAGCAUAAAGAAAGAACCCUGGGGCAGUGGGAAUGUCUCCAUGGCCACGUUGGUGUCCAUUCAGGUGUACGGGAUCACACUCACCCUGCUGCAGAACAAACAGGGGCUCAUCAUGGUGGAUGGGGUGUUCCACAACCUCCCAGUGAUCACGGCCAACAGGCGGCUCCAAGCAUAUCAGCAUGGUACUAACAUCCUGGUGCAAACUGACUUUGGCCUCAUUGUGAGUUACGACCUGGUUUACCAGGCCAGAGUCACCGUUCCACAGCGAUACCAGGGCCACACAUGUGGCCUGUGCGGGAACUACAGUGGAAGGCAGGACAGCAAGUUCCUGCUCCCCAAUGGCAGGACAGCCUCUGAUGUGGCAGCAUUUGGCUCUGCUUGGGAAGUCCAGGUCCCAGGAGCAUCAUGUGCAGACAGAUGUGCUGGGAACAGCUGUCCAGUUUGUGAGGAGAGGAAGAAGGACAUCUUCAAACAGCACCACUACUGCGGGUUGCUCACAGACCCCGAUGGCCCCUUCACUGCCUGCCACGGCACGGUCAGCCCCAGUGUGUAUCUGAGCAACUGCCUGUAUGAUGUGUGCCUGGGAAACGGGGACUCCCAGGUCCUGUGCCAGAACAUCCACAGCUACAUGACAGCCUGCCAAGAGGCUAAGGUCACCAUCCCGCCCUGGAGGAGCCCCUCCUUCUGCCCUGUGAGCUGCCCUGCCAACAGCCACUAUGAGGUCUGUGCUGACCUCUGCACUGUCACCUGUGCUGGAAACAUCAUAGACUGCCCGGAGACCUGUGCUGAAGGCUGCCAAUGUGAUGAUGGCUUCUUCUUUGACGGCCAGGGCUGUGUGACUCAGGAGCGCUGUGGAUGCUUUGAACAGGGGAGAUACUAUGAGCCCAGUCAGACGGUCCUGAUGAACGACUGCCAGCAAAGCUGCACCUGUGUUUCCACCCAAGGGGUGACCUGCGAAGCCCAUAGCUGCUCCAGAGGAGAAACCUGCCAGAUCAGAGAUGGCGUCAUGGGCUGCAUCAGCCAAGAUAUUCCAAAGCCAUCGUGCAGUGUGGUCCGCUGCAGAGAAGGAACUAUUUGCAAGAUGAUAAAUGGGCAGCCAGAGUGUGUGCUAGUCUCUCAGGCCACGUGCUGGGCUGGGGGUUACUUGCAUUACCACACCUUCGAUGGACGGGUGUAUGAUUUCCACGGCACCUGCAACUACACAGUGGCCAAGACCUGCAGGGAUGACUCCGUCCUGCCCUCCUUCCACGUCAUAGCCGAGAGCGAGAACAGUGGAAACACACAGGUUUUCUACAUUGGGUCGGUGACUGUCCAGGUGGAUGGAGUCACCGUCACAGCCUCCAGGACUGAGGUCGGCUUUGUGUGGGUGAAUAACACCAGGGCCCACUUACCCAUCUCCCUGAACAACGGGGCCCUUCGGCUCUAUCAGAGCGGCACCUCCCUCGUCCUCCGCACCAACUUCAACCUCAGGGUGUCCUAUGACUGGAACAACCACCUGAGGGUCACCGUCCCUAAUGACUUCUCCGACAGCCUGUGCGGCCUGUGUGGCAACUAUAAUGGGGACCCCUCCGAUGACUUCCGGACCUCAGAAGGGGACCGGGCUCGCAGUGUCGCCGCCCUGGGGAAAAGCUGGGCAGUGGAAGAUGAGGAUCAGUUUUGCUGGCACGAUUGCAUUGGAGGUUGCAGGCCCUGUGCCGCCAGCAUAGCCAGAAAGUACAAGGAAGAGGCCUCGUGCGGCCUGAUAGCCAAGGUCUCAGAUGGGCCCUUCAGCCAGUGCCACACCAAGGUGGAUCCUACAGUCUACUUGGACAACUGCGUGUACGAUCUGUGCCACAGCGACGGCUACAGGAAGGCCCUGUGUGAGGCCCUGAAGGCCUAUGCGGACGCUUGCCAGCUGGAGGGGGUCAGGAUUGGGGAAUGGAGGCAACUGGCCAGAUGCUGUGAGUACAGAUUUGAAUGCCAAGGUCUAUGGUCUGCUGGUUAG